AUAACUUCCUUAUAAACACCUCUUAUUUCUCUCUUCAAAUAGUAUAUAGUAACAACAUAGUUACAAGUUGUUGAAGAUGGCCGAAAGACUAACAGAGGAUCAGAUUAGCGAGUUUCGUCAAGCAUUUUCAAUGAUCGAUAAGGAUUCUGAUGGGUUAAUUAGCACGGAUGAUCUCAUAGGCGUGAUUCAAACAUUGAACGAACAUGCUACUAAUGAAGAGGUCCAAGAAAUGAUGCAUGAAGUUGAUGCAAAUGAAGAAGGCACUAUUGAUUUCCAUGAGUUUCUUAGUAUCAUGUCUAAAAGAAUGAAAGAUGACGUGAGCGAUGAGUUAAAGGAAGCUUUCAAAGUAUUCGAUAGAGAUCAAGAUGGUUACAUUUCACCGGAAGAGUUGAGGAAUGUGAUGAUUAACUUGGGUGAGAGAUUAAAAGACGAAGAGUUGGAACAGAUGAUACGCGAAGCUGAUCUUGAUGGAGACGGGGUUAUUAGCUACGAGGAGUUCGUUAGGGUCAUGGUUAAUGCUUCAUGAAGAAGUAAACAUCACCAUUACGUUUUUAUCAAUGGCGUUUUGGUAUACCGGUAAAAAUAAAAUAAAAUAAAAUCUAACUUAAUAUUUACAAAACAUUCCUUUUGUGUAUCUUUUUUUUUUUUUUAAUUUUUUUAUCAUCAAUCUCCGAUGGUGUGUUGUAUUCUUCUAUUAUGGUAAACGAGAAGGGGUUUUUUUUUGUGGGAUCAUGUCUAUCCCGAUCAUAAGUUUCAAAAGAUAUGAUGUAGGAAAUCAAAGUUAAACAUGAAUAAACAUCUAUGAAUAUAUUUUUACUUUA